GUGGCCUGUCGCUGAUUGGCUGUCCGGGCCGUCGGUCUGCCUCCUUGUGUUCUCGGCUCUCACAGGUUGAUGAAGCGGCGGUGUCGGUCCGGAUGGAGCCGCCAGCGGGAACAGGACUUUGACCCGGUUCUGCUCACGACUUUCACUACUUUCUCACGCGAUUCCUCAUGUUUAUCUACUUUUCUGCGCUUUUCGACGCUUUACGUUCCUCUUUGUGUCUCCUUGGCAACACGAUCAACUAUCGGAACGAAGUUUGGAUCAAGUGUUGGACGCUUCGAUGGAGCCGCUGAACUAACGGAACCGAGUCCAGAACCUCCGGGAGCCUCAGUGGGCGGUUCUGACCCGGUCCAGCUGCUUUUUACCGACUUUCAUCCUCGCUGCUCGCUCACUGUGGGAACCACAGAGACAAUAGUGAGCCGCUGCUGAGCGCGUGCACAGAAGGAAGAGAGAGGGGAGGGGAGGGGGGACAGCGGCAGCUUUGAUCCAGAUCGAUCGGCGGGUUGAUGAGUGAUUGAGGACCGAGAUGGAUGCGACCCUGUCCGAACUGCUGGCCUCCUUCAUGGACUCCCCGCUGGUGCUGUGGGUGCGCUCGUUGGGCCCUUUGGGACCAGGUGAGGAUGUGGGUCCAGAGGAGCGGGUCAGCAUGUACAUGGAGCUGGUGGACGGCGUCUUCCUGCACAAGAUCAUGACCCACAUCGACCCAAGCCCAACCAAUCAGAGGCUGAACAAGAAUGUGAACAACGAUGUGUCGCUGCGCCUUUACAACCUCACUGUUCUGACCCGACACAUCAAGACCUACUACCAGGUAAGGAAGCAGGUAACCGUGCUGCAGCGCCCCCUGCUGUUCACACUAACUUACUGCUUUGUUUCCACAGUGAGAAGCAUGGAGGAGCUGAAGAACCUGCUGCUGCUAAUCCUGGGCUGCGCCGUCCAGUGUGAGCGGAAGGAGGAGAUGAUCGAGAAGAUCAAGCUGCUGGACAUCGAGACCCAGGCGGCCAUUGUUACUCACAUUCAGGAGGUCACACACAACCAGCAGAAUGUCCUGGACCUCUCCUGGGUGGAGGACGGAGCCCAGCUGGUCCCUGAGGAGCUGGAGCCGCUGUCCCGGAACAUGGCGGCGUCACUACGGCAACUCAUCGAUCAGCGAGACAAAGCCACUGAGGUAAUCUUGGACCUCACCCAGGAGAGGGACUACCUGUCCAGUCUGCAGCCCCAAGAAGGAACCAGGAAGCUGGGCAGCCAGGGAGACUCCGUUCUGAAGGACGAAGGCUUGGCUGGGACCCAGCUGACCAAGCAGGAGAAGCAGCAUCUGUCUGUGGAGCUGGCCGAUGCUAAGGCCAAGCUGCGAAGAACCAGGCAGGAACUGGAGGAGAAAACGGAACAACUGAUGGAUUCAAAACACGAGGCAGAGCGUCUGGAUCAGGAGCUGCAGAAACUCAAACAAGAGAACCAGGCUCUGUCGUGCGAGGCGCGGUCGGUCCGCCUGUACCGGGACGAAGUGGACUCUCUGAGGGAGCGAGCGGCUCGAGGAGAUCGCCUGGAGGCUGAGCUGAACAGAUUUAGAGAGAAGCUGAACGACGUCCAUUUCUACAAGAGCAGGGUGGAGGAGUUGCGUGAGGACAACACGACGCUGCUGGAGACCAAGGUGUUGCUGGAGGAGCAGCUGGCCGCCGCCAGGGGGCGCUGUGACAAGAUGCACACGCUGGAGAAAGACAACCUGCUGCUGCGAGCCAAAAUCCACGACCUGGAAAUGGAGCGGGACGGCGAGCGUCGGAGGCUGGAGGAGCUGGUGGAGGAGAACAUGCUGCUGGAGAUCGGUCAGAAGCAAAGCAUGAACGAGUCGGCCCAUCUGGGCUGGGAGCUGGAGCAGCUCACCAGGAAUCACGACGGCACCACCAACACUGACAGUCGGAAAUCUCUGGUCCACGAGCUCCACGAGUGCGUUUCCAGUCGAGUCCUGAAGCUGGAGAAGGAGAACCGGGAACUGCAGGCGUCGAUGGACGUACUGAAGGAGGAGAACCACCUCCUGCAGGAGCAGCAGCUCCACAAACAGGAACUUGGGCGGGAGAACCAGAGUCUAAGCAGCAAGGUGGAGCGUCUUCAAGCAUUACUGGACCAGGAGCGACUGACCAAUCAGGAUAUGGAGGCUCUGGGGGAGGAGCUUCUGAAGGAGAAACAGGGUCUUGAGCGAGAGAUGCACGCUCUGCGGGCUGACAAGGAUCGCCAGAUCUCCGAGCUGGAGAGCGAGAGGCAGCACCUGUCGGAGGCGGUGCACCUCCUGCAGGAGCGCGCUCAGUCCAACAGCGAGGCCCGCGUCCGUGAGGUGGAGGCCCAGAACCGCCUCCUCCACCAGAGCAUCACUGACACCAGCUCCCGGAUGGCCAGUCUGGAAACACAGCUGAAGGUGGUGAGCGAGGAGGCGGAGAGGCUGAGGGAGCGCGCGGCACGCUGCGAGGAGGCAGAGAGGGAGCUGACCCGUAUGGAGAGGAGCAGGGAGGCUCUGAACAUGGAGGUGGCGUCUCUUCGUCUCUGCAGUGAGCGCUCCCAAACUCUGGAGAGGCAGCUGACCUCCCUGGAGCAGGAGGUGCUCAGACUGAAGCGGGAGGCUGAGGAGGCCCAGAAGGAGCUGCAGCGGCUGGCUAAGCAGGAGGCAGAAAAUGGGCUGCUGUCAAAGGAGAACCUGGAGCUCCGUCGUUCCGUAGAAAGCCUGCGCUCCUCAUCCGCCCGCCUGCCCUUACUGCAGGAGGAGCUGGAGGAGGCGCAGAGAGAGGCGCAAGAAACGCAGCGGAGGCUGGAGGCGGCCAUGGAGGAGGCGCAGGGAGAGAGGAAGAGAGCAGAACGGCUGGAGCAGAACCUGUCCGCCCUUAACCAGGAGAAAUGCCACCUAAAGGAGGAGCUGGAGAGAAGCCGGGAGGAGAAGCAGGAGCUGGACACCAAGAUCAGAAAGACUCAAAGCAGGGAGGAGGAGCUGAGCCGGGAGCUGGAGGAGCUGAAAGAGGAGCGCAGGAGAAGAGAAGAGGGAGAGGAGGAGCGGAAGAAGCUCCAGCUGGAUCUGGAGCAGUCUGAGGAGAACCGCAAGAAGCUGGAGAAGGAGAACUUGAGGAUCCGAACCCUGCUGGAGGCCAAGGAGACCGAGCUGGAGGAGAAAUGGAGCCGCGCCUCCGAGUCCAUGAAGGAGGCGGCGGCCCUGAGGAAGGAGCUGGAGAGACUGAAGGAGGCGUCGGUCAGAGCCAAGGAACUGGAGCGAGACAACAAGGAGCUGCAGAAGCAGGUCACCAUCGACAAGGAGACCCUGACGACGCUGAGGGAGGAGCUGGUGGCCGAGAAGCUCAACGUUCAGCAGCAGAACGUCCAGCUGGAGGAGCUGAACCAGCAGCUGGAACGGGUCGGCCAGAACCUGCAGAACCAGGAGAACCUGCUGGAGGACAGAAGGUUCCGGCAGCUGGAGUCUCGGUUGGAGCAGACGGUCCAUGAGACGAUAAAGCUGAAGGAGGAAACAAUCCUCAGCUUGGAGAAGAAGCUGGAGGAGAGCAGAGCUCUGAAUGCUUCGUUGCGCAGCCAGCUUACCGCUCAGCAGCAGGGACCAAGCAGCGAACUCAAGGCCACAGCUGAACUCCUGCGCCAGAAGGAUCAUCUCAUCGCCGUGGAGAAGAGCAACGCCUCUCUGCAGACGGAGAGCAGUUUACUGAAGGAGCAGCUCAAACAGAUGGAGAACCAGAACUCUUCCCUCAACAGCCAGAUGGCGGCGCUGCAACGACACGCCUCCACCCUGCAGGAGCAGAACUCUGCUCUGCACACAGAGACGGCCAAGCUGCAGGUGGAGAACUCCACUGUCUCCUCGCAGAGCGCCUCCCUCAUGGCCCAGAAUGCCGUGCUGCAAGGCCAGGUCACUGCCCUAGAGGCAGAGGUGGAGUCCUGGCAGCGGCAACGUGAAGAGGCAUGGCGUGCCCGUGAGAGCGUGCUCAGUGACCACGAGCGCCUGCUGAGUGUGCACGAGAGGCAGGCUCAGGAGUACGAGACGCUCAUCAGCCAGCACGCCGCGCUAAAAGGCAAGCAGAGGGCGCUAGAGAGCGAGCACCGGACACUGCACGGCAAGUACUGCGCUCUGCUGCAGCUGAAGGAGAAGUGGGAAGAACAGCAGAAGGAAGGUCAGGAGGAGCAGGAGGAGCUGCAGCAGGAGGUCCAGAAGAACCGGCUUUUACAGCAGGAGAACCUGCAGCUGAAGUCCGAAGUGGAUCGACUGACCCAGAACCAGGUGCAGCAGAACCAGGGGCUCCAGCAGCGCCUUAAUGAGCUGAAGAGUUCGUUAAGCUCCGCCCAGCAGGAAGCGGGUCAAUGGAUGGCCAGGUACGACUCACUGAUGGAGCAGCACCAGAACCUGGACAUCACCAUGACCAAACUGGACAACCACUGCGAGCUGCUGAGUCGCCUGAAGGGGAACCUGGAGGAGGAGAACCACCACCUGCUGAGCCAGAUCAACCUGCUGAGUCAGCAGAACCAGACGCUGCUUGAGCGCAGCAUGGAGAGCAAGGAGCUGUUCCACCAGGAGCAGAAGACCUACAUAGACAAGCUGAACGUCCUCCGCCGGCAGAAGGAGAAGCUGGAGGAGAAGAUCAUGGACCAAUACAAGUUCUACGACCCCACACCCAAAAAGAGGAGCCAGUGGUCCGGAGCCAAAGCUCUGGUCAAACUCAUCAGACCCAGGAAGGAGCAACCGGACCGGGACCGGGCCAGGAGCGCUCCAGACAUCCCCCUGCCCGCCACGCCCCCCCUGCUGCCCCCAGAGACUCCGCCCCCUGCUCCUCUUCGCACAGGAAGCAAUACGCACAGUAACCAUGGCAACCAGAGUCCAGUCCUGACCCCCGUCAGCCGAGGUCCAAACCUCCGGAACCGCCUGACCUCCACUCCAAACCUUCAGUCCUCCUCUGCGAGCCCGACCCGCAGCUCCAGAACCGGUCCGGCUGGGAGCCAGAGACCCAGAGGUGGGUCAGCGGGCCGCUUAGAUCCAGAACCUGCGCUUCUGUUGGAUGAUGACCCGGUUUUUGGAGGACGACCCGGUUCUGGGGACUUCAGCCACAAUACUUCCAGCUCCAGCUCCCCUGUUGGAUGUAGAGAUUCUUCAGACCUGCAGCUGCGCUCGGCCAGCCUCUCCAGCGAUGACGUCAUGGUGAUCAGCCAAUCAAAGCAGAGCCUGUCCCGUAGCUCCACCCUCCCGUAUGACCACACCCCUCAGAGGGCCCAACCGCAACGAGGCGGCGGAGCCAGGGUUAAACCACGCCCAGGUUCCCCAGGAAGUGAGAUGGUAACUCUGGAGGAGUUCCUUCAGGAGAGCAACCUGCUGUCCCCCCCGCUGCUGUCAGCAGGAAGCACAGAUGACCUCAUCACAGAUUACUUCACCAGAAGCCCCGCCCCCUCAUCCAGGGACCAGGGGACUCCCACCAGCUACGUCCCCCCAACCAUCCACUCAUCCAAUCAGAGGCCCGGUCAGAGCGUGAAGCCGUCCCCUCGACAGCCGGUCGGCCAAUCGCCAGCCUCGAACCAAACGCUCCCCCAGCGAAGCGGCCAAUCGCUGAGCAGAGCCUUCAGCCUGGCCUCCGCUGACCUGCUGUGCUCCCAGGGACCCGACAGCUACGACGCAGACGGAGUGGUCCGUCGCCAAGGAGGCGGCGGCGCCCAGCGACAGCGUCCCCUCUCUGCCCGCUUUGGACCUCCGGACUUCCUGAGUCCCACUGUCCAGCAUUCGGCGUCCCUGAACCUGCAGACGGAGAGGUGGGCGGAGCGUGAGCGGGACAGGGGGCGUGCGGCCGUCUGCAGGAAUGGCCACCGUGGAGAGGUCGCCAUGGUGACGCCGGUCAGGGCCACGCAGCCCCAUGAAGCGUCACAGGAAGUGGAGGUCCAGGGGGGCGAGCGGCCUGGAGAACCAGACUCCAGCAAAGAUGGCAACCGAGUCCAGAGCGGGUCCAAGAGCACGCCGUCCUCUCCGGACCCCAACAGCGACCCGCAGACCGUGUGGUACGAGUACGGCUGCGUCUAAACCCAGGGCGGGCCGGUCUAAGCGCUGGAAAAGGAACACGGUCUGAUCGGACCAGCGCCGGUCGGCUCGGUUCUACAGAAACAUUCACUGUCAGGCUUUGGUUCUGAUCCACCACUGAGAGGGUUCUCCAGAACCCGACCUGAACACGUCUCCAUGGGAACAAACACUGGAAGAAUAAAUAGCUGGACGGACGGCGCCCAGCCCAAAUUACAGGCUUCCUCCUCCAUCUUUAGCUCCUACCCAGCAUGCAUCACUUUACGGGAAGCCCGGCCAGCGCCGCUCGCUCUAACCCAAAACCACUGAGGAAACCACGGUGUUUGGGCCCGGCGCCGGAGGAGGUCCAGCUCAACAGAACCCGGCUGUGGUUCUGGAAGGAGGAAACGAUGCGCUUCUAUUUUCAUCACGGCAGGAAGCGGAUCGGCCUCUGCAGAACCUGCAGUCUGACCCAGAACCACGGUCCUGUUCUGAGGGUCCAUCAGAACCGACCAACGAACCACCCCCCCAUGCAUUAUGGCCCGUUUCCUGGUUCUGUUUCUGAAAGCUGGAAAACCUGGAAGGUUCUGAUCAAAGACAGGAACCAGAGGAACUAAGAUGAUGAUGAUGAUGAUAGUGAUGAAGAACAGCCUCUUCCUGCACAAACCUGUAAAUUAUUUCCUGUAACUUUUGUACAUUUUCAGUAAAUAUUGGACCCGGCGCCGGUCCGGUCCGGACGGGACUCGGCGCCGGUCCGGACCGAUGCCUUUAGAGAACCUGGUAGCUGAGAUGGUGUUUGUGUCGGUUCUGCUGCUGCUGUGAUGUCACUACUGCUGAAUCGGACCUGCGGUUCUGUUCAAAACUUGGUAGAAAUAAAGA